CAAAAUUGUUCCGUUAAUCUGCUCCGUGUUACAGUUUGCGCUUUGGCCAAUCACCUGCGACGAUGAAGCUCUGUUAUUUUUCACCGUGUUCACGAAAUCGCACUCCUGCCAUGCAUCGUACGAGUUCAUCGACGCGAUUGGUGAUGGAAGCCGAGCUAUCAGAUGGAACACAUAUGAGUUAAUCGCUUCUGCCAUCGGCGCCUUCAAUAGUGCGCGCAACAUCUCAUACACGCUUGCUGAC